AUGUCUAACAUUCCUCUCACCACCGCCACAACCCAGUCCAACCCAACACGUACAUGGGUAGUUGGAGUCUUGAGCUCUCGUAAAACCGUGGUAUCGGAGUUUGUCAGACUAAUCUCCGAGCAUGAGAACGUCUUCGAGAUACCAGUCAAUGGUGUUGGAUCAGAUGUCAAUUGGGUAGACUGGAUCGUAGGAGGUGUUGGCAGUUGGGGAACCUUGCAGAAUGUCAUUACCGCUUUCAGUACGAAUCACCUACCCCUCGUCAUCUGCUUACGGGAAAUAGGAAACAUCUCGAGGCACUACAUUGCUGGUGACAGAAUUAUUGUAAGUGGAUACUCUCGUGGGGCGUGGGCAGCACGCUAUCUAGCAAUGCUGAUCGACAUGAUCGGCUUACCAAAGGAUGGCGAUGAAGCAUUAUUCCAUCGUCUCUAUAAGGCAUGCGAUAAUGCUACGAUCUUGGACGAGAGUGUUGCCGCCAGAUUGAUGGAAGGAUAUGACUGCUGGCAAGAUGUCAAGAUCAAUGCCUUAUGUUGCUUCGAUACAGUCGGCUCUUUCGGGCUGCCAUUGACUGGGCUCGCAGAGCCACUCGCCUAUCUUACUUAG